AAAACGUGCCUUGGUUCGAGGCUCAUCACGGCCAUGGUUGCUAUUUUGGGGCCUUCUUAUCUGACACACGCCUAUUAUUCGCAUCUGCGGCGGUGCUCCAUUUAUGCAAUACACUUGUAGGGUUAAGCAAGCUCUACAUUUCUUUUGGCGCGAUCCUUGGCCGGGAGCUAGGGUUCUUCCAGCGAUCGAGCUGCCAAUCCUGCGCGACAGGCGGCAUUCUAUCCCGAUCCAGCGAUAUGGCACGGCCUGGCGUCUCCCUCGAGGUUGGGGCGGAUAAGGUUGCUGUGAUCACGCUCCGGAAUCCUCCCGUCAAUGCGCUCGCGAUGCCAGUGUUGUGGGGUUUGAAGGAAAAGUACGAGGAAGCUUGCUCCAGGGAGGAUGUCAAAGCAAUCGUUGUCACUGGUGCAAAUGGAAAGUUCUCUGGAGGUUUUGAUAUCUCCACGAUCCAAGAUGUUCAAGCGAGUGGAAAUAUGUCGGCUUUGGGACGCAUCUCUGUGGAUCUCAUGACUAAGCUCAUCGAAGAGGCGGGGAAACCAUCCGUGGCAGCGAUUCAAGGACUCGCUUUGGGUGGUGGACUGGAACUCGCCAUGUGUUGUCACGCUAGAGUGGCAGCUCCAAAAGCGCAGCUGGGUCUACCAGAGCUGCAACUUGGUAUCAUUCCGGGCUUUGGAGGGACGCAACGCCUUCCUCGUCUUGUUGGCUUGACAAAGGCUAUCGAAAUGAUGCUGUUGUCAAAACCGGUAACGUCGGAAGAGGGAAAGGAGUUGGGACUAGUAGAUGAACUCGUCCCUGCCGAGGCUGUGCUUACUACAGCACGCAAAGUGGCUGUUGAUAUCGCUGAAGGACGCAGGCCAUGGUGCAUUACAUUGCACAAAACUGACAAACUAGAACCUCUGGGCGAAGCUCGGGAAAUCUUGAAAUUCGCAAGAGCUCAGGCAAUGAAAACCGCACCAAAACUAACACACCCGCACGUCUGUCUUGAUGCGAUUGAAGAAGGUAUUGUAAAAGGCGGAUUUGCGGGGCUUUUGAAGGAGGAGAAAGCAUUUCAAGAAGCAUUAUUUUCAGAUGCGUCCAAGUCCCUCACGCAUAUAUUUUUUGCUCAGAGGUCAACCUCAAAGGUCCCAGGUGUCACAGACGUGGGCUUAAAACCCAAAGUUGUAAAGAAAGUGGCUGUGAUUGGUGGAGGUUUCAUGGGUUCAGGAAUUGUCACAGCGCUUAUACUAAGCAACAUCAAAGUUGUUCUGAAGGAAGUGAAUUCCGAUUUUUUGCAGCAAGGUCUAAAUCGUGUUAAAGGCAACCUGCAAAGCCGUGUGAAGAAAGGCAAGCUUAGCAAGGAUAAAUUCGAGAGGGCUAUCUCACUGGUAGAAGGUGUUUUGGAUUAUGAACAGUUUGGUAGCGUUGAUGUGGUGAUUGAGGCUGUGGUUGAGAACGUUGGUUUGAAACAACAGAUUUUUGCAGACCUUGAAAAGUUUUGCUCUCCAAGUUGCGUACUGGCCUCCAACACGUCAACCAUUGAUCUGAAUGUCGUUGGCUCGAAAACUAAGGCACAAGAUCGGAUUAUUGGUGCACAUUUCUUCAGUCCUGCGCAUGUGAUGCCACUACUGGAGGUAGUGCGGACGGAGAAAACAUCACCACAAGUGAUACUUGAUCUGAUGACCCUUGGCAAGACAAUAAAGAAAAUUCCCGUAGUUGUGGGCAACUGUACCGGUUUUGCCGUCAACCGGGUCUUUUUCCCGUAUACGCAGGCAGCAACGAUGCUACUGGACCUGGGAAUUGAUCCGUAUCGAAUUGAUCGUGCUAUAACAGGGUUUGGGAUGCCUAUGGGACCUUUCAGGUACUUUUUCUUUAACUCUACUAUUUUCUUACUAUUCAUGCUCGUCGUCUGCUGCUGUAGGCUGGCCGAUUUCGUCGGUUUUGGUGUGGCUGUUGCCGUGGGACAGCAAUACUUGAAUUCUUUUCCAGAACGUGUUUAUGUGUCUCAGAUAUUCCCUCUGAUGUUUUCGGACAAGCGGCUCGGCGAAGGCAAUCGCAAGGGCUUUUAUCUAUACGACGAAAAGCGUAAGCCACGUCCGGCUCCAGAGCUGCAAGGGUAUGUCGACAAGUCGAGACAAUUGGCAAAGUUAAUGCCGGGUGGCAAGCCGAUCAACAUCACUGACAAGGAGAUUGUUGAGAUGAUACUCUUCCCCGUCGUGAACGAAGCCUGCCGUGUGCUUGAGGAGGGUGUGGUGGUCAAAGCCUCCGAUCUGGACAUCGCAACAGUGCUGGGGAUGGGAUUCCCUCCAUAUAAGGGCGGGCUUGUUUUCUGGGCUGACAUGAUUGGAGCUGGCUACAUCGCAUCAAAAUUGAAGGAGUGGUCUGAAACGUAUGGGAAGUUCUUCCAGCCAUCGCCAUUCCUCCAAGCACGAGCAUCACAGGGUGGGAAACUGAGCGAUCCUGUGAAGAGUGGCAAAUCGCGAUUGUAAUUAUUCGCGUGGACUGCCGCGGCGAUACGAAGCGCUAUCAAACGUGAAGAAGCUUGUGAUCUUUUACUUGUGCCUUGUAUAAAUGCUAGACAAUUUUAAUUGGAAGAUCGGACGGCUUGGAUGCACAA